GCAGUCUUUUACUGCCUGAAGCUUAUAGCUUAUUUUAUGUUCAUUAAUAUCGUCGGAUACAAAAUUUACUUUGGGGGAACAAAGCUAUGCGGUGCACAGUGUUCGGCUCGGUUGAUGUGUGUGGCAAACAAAAACCCAACUGGUUUUUGAGUUCUGUUUCGCUGAUUCAAACCGUCAUUAGCUAUUAGUCAUCCUCAGACUCGAUAUCUGGCAACGACUAUGAGCUCUUUUGUGCUCUGUGCGGUUAAACAAAAAAAUAAAAACACGAUUUAUCGAAAGAAAAACAUACAUUAAGCUAGACUAGACAAUAAUUUCUAUUUUGUCCGUGAAUUAAAAAUCGAAUAUUAAACAAAUAAAAAUCGAUAACAUAUAGUAAAUAUUCUAAUCGGUUUUCAAAAGGUUUUGAGAAUUUGUGAAAUAGUCAAACAUAUGGUACUAGAGUUAACAAUAAUUCUGACAAAAAGUGAUAUUGUUUAGAAAAAAAAAGUGUGCUUUCAAAUUGUUUUUUGGGAGAUCUUCUAUAAAACAUCUAUCAACACGAGAAUAUAAUAUUAACAUAAAGACAAAAUGUCGGAAUAUUUUGAAUUCCAGAUGAAUAAACGUUACUUAGACACAGGUUCCCUUUCAUAUUUAAGUCGACAGCAACAACCAUUUAAUAAGAAUGAGGCACGUGAUCGGCGAAAGGCGUUAAUAGCUCUCAAGGAUAUGAUUGGAGCUAGCAUGAAUUUUGCUUUAAAAGACAAGUCGUGCUGCACAGAUGAUGACUUUCUGAAUAGAUUUCUUUAUGCUAGAAAAUUUCGGUGCAACGAAGCCUUCGAAUUGAUCAUCAACUAUCAUUCGUAUAAACAACGAAAUAAAGUUCUAUUACAAAAAUUAAAUAUUUUUGACGAGACCAUUCAGAUGGCAUUGAGAGACGGAAAUCCGUGUAUAUUAAAAGAACGUGAUCGUCGAGGAAGGAAAGUUAUUCUAUUUAACACAGUGAAUUGGGAACCAACAAAAUACACAGCUGAAGAUGUUUAUAGAGCUUUUUUGCUAACAUUGGAUAAACUAUUGGAAGAAAAGCAGAAUCAAGCACUAGGAUUUGUAGUGAUUGUGGAUUGGACAAAUUUCACAUUACGACAGUCAUCUCACAUGCAGCCAAAGAUUUUGAAACUAAUGAUAGAAGGAUUGCAAGACUGUUUUCCGGCUAAAUUCAAGGCGAUUCACUUUAUUGCUCAACCUUGGUAUGUAGACAUUGCUUUGGCCGUGAUCAAACCAUUCCUCAAGGACAAAACACGUGAACGUUUCAAGUUGCACGGUACUAAUCUAGCAACACUACACGAAUGCAUUGCCAAGGAUAUAUUACCUCCAGAUCUGGGUGGCGAAGGACCAAGCGUUAAUACCCUCGACUGGUACCAUGUUCUUCUCGAAUCUAGCCAAACAACUGAAGCACCAAAAUCAUACCGACUUAUAGAGACCACAGUUUAUGCAAAGGCCCCAUUUGAGACACCAUCUUCAAAUGGAAUUUCAGAGAAUAGCCAGCUGAUUGGAUCAAAUCAAAGCAACUCAUGACAUAGUUUUACUACAAAUGAUCUAAUUGUAUGCACUUAAAGAAGAAGAAGAAUUAUAAUCUAUAAGAAGUGAUGCUGUUGGGGAUUUUAUAUGACAUUUUAAUUUUAAAAACAAAAAAAGAUAUAUCAUUUUAUUUAUCACAAGGUAUUCUAAAUGAUUCUCAUUAUGUUGUAUAUGAAGUCGUGUCGUAAGCAAUAUUGUACACUUUAGAAAUGUAAUGUACCUACCUAUUAAAUCGUAGUAUUCUUAUGAUUAAUUUAAGCAACUAAAAUCUCAUGUAUUUUUUCGGAAUAUUAAACUAAAAUCUAAACACAGUUUAACUAUGUU